AUGAUGCAUGAAGUGGUUGAGAUUUUUAGUGAUGGGGAGUCCGGACCCUUGGAGACCGCUGGUCUUCUCUGCAAUAACACCGCCACCACAACUGGUGCAAAAAACAACACGCGUGGAUCCUCCUUCACGCAGAUCGUAGAUCCGGACAGUCGCGGACCCGCCCACAAGAAGAGAGUGAUUCGCACUAACAAUCACCGCCAGACUGCAGAUAUGCUCUUCACUACCUCAAAAUCAUCUUCAACGCGUCAGAAACCGUCAGUUUCGUCUGGAACAUCCUUAUGGCCCUUCAGUCGAGAUGAAUCUGCCUUGGAAGCUGACAAGGAGACUGCGUGUCUGAAGCUUGUCCUGGAGUUGUUCCCUGAUAUUAGUCGCACCUAUAUCAGAGAACUUUACAGGAAGUAUAAGGAGUAUGGCUAUGCUGAUGGUCCUACUACUGGUUCCAAGGGGAAAAGAAAAGCCACUGAGAUAGACCCCCGGGUCAUAGCUCAGAGGAUCACAGAAGAUGUGCUCUCUUGUCGUUCCUAUCCUAAACACAAGAGCAAAACGGGAGACUCUGCAGAUAAUGCAGAGACUAUAUGGAAGGAGGAAUUCUUGACUCACGAAGGUGACAAGAUGUACUUUAACUCAAUUGUGCACGUCCUCCUCGAGGCAUUUCCGUGGGUCCCUCUAAGCUACAUCGACCUCUUGGUUUGCCAGAAGAAAAGUCUGUACUCUGCAUACCUAUCUCUGUACGCGUCUGAGAACUACGACGACCAGAAGAAAAAUCCCCCGUACAAGCGUCUCCCAGCGCCGAGAGGACCCUCAAGAGAGGAGGUACUUAUGGAAAUCCACGCAAAAAAGCCAAAAUGGGGCUUUAAAAGCCAAGUGAACUCCGCAAAAAGCAGACUCAUCAAAGAAAAUGACGAGCUCCAGCGUAAAAGAGCAGCCGAGCGUGCCGAAAAGCUCAACGAAGAAGAGCACAGAAAGGCAGGAUCUCUUAUAGAGUGCCAGUGCUGCUUCUCAGAUGUGCCAUCCAACCGAGCGAUCCCCUGCGAAGGAGAAGCAGUUCACUUUUUCUGCUAUGGCUGCGUUAAGAGCGGAGCAGAAACACAGAUCGGCCAGAUGAAGUACGAGAUAAAAUGUUUCGAUAUGAGCGGUUGCAAAGCCGGGUUUUCUCGCUCUGGGCUCAGCGAGGCUGUUGGACCGGCAAUCAUAGCCAAGCUGGAAGCGCUCGAACAACAAGCUGAGAUCGCAAAGGCAAACAUCGAAGGACUUGAAGAAUGUCCCUUUUGCAACUUCAAAGCAAUACUACCGCCCAUUAAGGAGGACCGCGAGUUCCGUUGCCAAAACCCAGACUGCAAGAAAGUGAGCUGCCGCCUCUGCAAAUCCGAAUCUCAUGUUCCGAAGAGCUGCGAAGAGGCCAAGAAAGAAAAGGGGCUAGAAGGACGCCAUUUCGUGGAGGAAGCCAUGAGCGACGCCCUGAUUCGGACCUGCUCUUCCUGCGGAGUCAAACUCAUCAAGGAAUUUGGCUGCAACAAGAUGACCUGCCCAUGCGGAAGGAUUAUGUGCUAUCUUUGCAAAAAGGAUAUCACCACUGAGAAGUACAACCACUUUGUCGAUGUGAUGCCCAACGGCGUAUUCAUGCCCAAUGCUAGAGUCAGGCCCCGUGGCUGUACCAUGAACGACGAGACUCCAGCAGAACGUGAUAAAGAAGAAGUUGCACGUGCUGAAAGAGCAGCCAUUUCCAAGAUUCGUGCAGAGAAUCCUCACCUGAAAGAGGAAGACCUGCGGGUUGAUAAGGACAAAGAUAAGACAAAUGCUAGAACCAGACGCGCGACAGUCCCCAACAACAACAUGAGACCAGUAGGAGCUCCCAGGAUGAUGCCUUGGCCGGGACCGCGUCCACAGCCGAUGAUGCCUAUGAACGUCGGCCCUCUUCCUCAAGCCGCCCCCUUCCCAAUCGGAUUUCAUUGGAACCCUUACGGUGGUAUGCCUGUAGGACCCGGACUAGGACCAGGACCAGCACCACAAAUGGCCCAAAGACCCUUUUUCGGACCCAUGCAGCCCAUCAUCCCACCAAUGCCUCCAGCAGCAGCGGAAGAAGCAGCAGCACUGCAAAUGGAGCUCGAUGCUCAUCUUCAAGCCCAGGGGUUCUAUGGACCUGGAUUUUAUGGGCCGCCGCCCGUUCGACGAAAUCUGAACAUUGAACCAUUGGGAGGGCGUCUGGCUCGAGAAGCGAGACCCGAUACUCCUCGCCUCCCUGAAUUCGAUGACCGCGAUGAUAUCUUUGCCCCGAAUCGCGCAGGAUGGCGUCGUGGUCGUUGA